AUGGACGCAGCUCAAAAGUACGAGCUCAUCACUAAAGACCUUCAGGAGGUCUUAAAUGGCCAAAUCAUCAAGGAGAUCUUGGAGAAAAACGAGCGUCCCCUCAAGAUCUACUGGGGAACUGCACCAACAGGAAAGCCUCACUGUGGAUACUUCGUCCCAAUGAUUAAAUUGGCUCAUUUCUUGAAGGCAGGAUGCGAGGUUACUGUUUUGAUUGCCGAUCUUCAUGCCUACUUGGACAACAUGAAGGCUCCAUUGGAAGUGGUCGAGUACAGAGCCAAGUACUACGAGGCAGUUGUAAAGACCAUUUUGACCUCGAUCAAUGUUCCUAUUGAGAAGUUGAAGUUCACCAUUGGCCGUGACUAUCAAUUGACUCCUGAGUAUGUGAUGGAUCUCUUCAAGCUUUCCAACAAGGUCUCCCAGAACGAUGCCAAGAGAGCCGGUGCCGAUGUGGUCAAGCAAGUGGCCAACCCAUUGCUUUCCGGUUUGAUCUACCCAUUGAUGCAGGCUUUGGAUGAGCAAUUUUUGGAUGUAGAUGCUCAGUUUGGUGGUGUGGACCAGAGAAAGAUCUUUGUUCUCGCCGAAGAGAACUUGCCAGGUAUUGGCUACAAGAAGAGAGCACACUUGAUGAACAAGAUGGUACCAGGUUUGGGCCAGGGCGGUAAGAUGAGUGCUUCUGACCCUAACUCCAAGAUCGACGUUGUUGAGGAGCCAAAGGUUGUCAAGAAGAAGAUUGGCGCUGCCUUCUGUGAGCCUAAGGUCGUGGCCGACAACGGCUUGAUUGCAUUCAUUGAGAACAUCGUUCAGCCAAUCCAAGAGUUGAAGGGCGGUGAACCUGGCGCUUUGCAGUUUCACAUUGACAGACCUGAGAAAUACGGUGGUCCAAUCACUUACACCACUUUGGAUCAAUUGAAGGCCGACUACGAAGCUGAUAUUUUGAAGCCUGUCGACUUGAAGGCUGGUGUUGCUGACCGUAUCAAUGAGCUUUUGGCUCCUAUCAGAGCUGCCUACGAAUCUGACCCAGACUUCCAGCUUGCCUCCGAGAAGGGUUACCCAGUGGAUGCUCCUAAGGAGAAGAAGAAGGAAAAGAAGGUCAAGAACAAGGGAACCGGCUACCCUGGUGCCGGCAAGCCAAAGAAGGAGGAGGUUGACAAGCUUGCAGAGGAUUUGGAGAAGACUAACGUAUAG